AUGCCGGCUAAGAACUGCACCACGUGCACGGAUCUCAAGAGUGCCGCCAUAGUGGCACGACCCGACACGCUGGAUGUUGAGGUCAAGAUCAAAAUGGGCGAUCUGGGGUCUGAGAAAAAGGCGGACAUUAACGGUGCCGCUGUGGGUGCAUCGCCCUGCUUGAAGCCGCAAGACCCCUGGGCCCUGCCCGAACUACAAGACCAGGGGGUCAAGUGGUCAGACCUGGGUUGUGCCCAGAAAUUUCAGCGGGUGUUCCUGGGCUUGGCGAAGGCGCUGGCGCUUCUCGCACUUCUUUAUUUAUUCAUCUGUUCCUUGGACUUCCUGAGCAGUGCCUUUCGCCUUGUGGGUGGCAAGACUGCCGGCAAGGUGAUGUCCCAGAACGAGGUCCUCAAAAACCCUGUCGUUGGACUCAUGAUCGGACUCUUAUCAACCGUACUCGUUCAGAGUUCUUCCACAUCGUCCUCAAUCAUCAUCACGAUGGUCGGAGCUGGACUGGUGGAAGUCCGAGACGCGAUCCCAAUCAUCAUGGGCGCAAACAUCGGGACUUCGGUGACCAACACCAUCGUGUCGCUCAUGCAGAGCAGCGAACGCAACGAAUUUCGCCGAGCGUUCGCAGCGGCCACCGUCCACGACAUGUUCAACUGGCUCACGGUCAUCAUACUGUUGCCACUGGAGGCUGCCUUCGGGCUUCUGUACCACUUGACAAGCGCAAUUGUGGAUUCCACAGAGUGGACCACCAACAAACAUGCCAACAGAGACUUCUUGCAAGUGAUAACCAAGCCCUUCACUGGCCUCAUAAUUAAGCUGGACAAGAAGGUGAUUCAGCAGAUUGCUAUUGGUGACGAAAGCUACUACAACCGUUCUCUCAUCAAACGAUGUUGCAAAAAGACUGCUGAUGGAUGCAUUGAGCCCUGCGAGUUCGCACUACAGAGCUUGCAGUGGCAAGACAGCUUCAUCGGCAUGCUUCUGCUAGGCAUCAGCCUCCUUACACUCUGCACAUGUCUAAUCCUUAUGGUGAAGCUGCUGCACUCCAUGUUAGGCGGUCGCAUCGCUGUCAUAAUUAAGACCACCGUGAACGCCGAGUACCGCUUCCCGUACUCCAUCCUGGUGGGCUACAUCGGCAUCGGCAUCGGUUGUUUUAUGACCAUCCUGGUACAGAGCUCCUCCCUCUUCACCUCCGCGCUCACCCCUCUGGCGGGCAUAGGUGUCAUAAGCCUCGAGCGCAUCUACCCGCUCACACUGGGGGCCAACGUCGGGACCACCACUACAGGUAUCCUGGCAGCCCUCGCAGCAGACGCAGGACAGAUCCGGCAUACACUGCAGAUCGCCUUCUGCCACCUGUUCUUCAACUUGAUUGGCAUCCUGGUGUUCUACCCCAUCCCCUAUACGCGUUUGCCCAUCCACCUCGCCAAGAUGCUCGGCAACACGAUUGCCGAGUACAGGUGGUUUUCCCUCAUGUACCUUAUCUGCAUGUUCAUCCUGUUCCCAGCAGCCGUGUUCGGGUUGUCUAUGGCUGGCAUGGUUGUCUUCAUGGCGGUGCUCAUACCGGUGUUCCUGCUCUUAGUGGCUGUGAUCGUCAUCAACGUGCUUCAGAGGAAGGCACCUCGGUUCCUUCCAGAGUGUAUGAGGACUUGGAUGUGGCUACCAGAGUGGAUGAGAUCGUUGGAUCCCCUCGAUAGAAUCGUCCACUCCUGCGUGGGAAAAAUCGCCUGCUGUCAGAAGAUAUGUCCUCCGCAAAAUGCCCAUAAUGGGACCAUCUUGCCCAUCCGGGAAGAGCCUUCUCAAAUGAACUUCGUCGAGUCCAGAAGGUCGUCGUAUUCUACAGGCGACUGGCAGUCUGAUCUCCAAGGGUUUGACAAUUCUGCAUUUGACGUGACUAUAGACAAACAGAACAGUGUCACCUCCACAACGCAGUUAUAACCCUCGGGAAGGGUUGUGAUUGUAAAUAGUCAGAUGUAAAUAGACUGAUCUUUUUAUCGAGAACGUUGGUGGCACUUAGCGAAUGUGUGAAAGCGUUUGGUGCUGUCAUGGUCCUCCUAUACUCCGCUGAACUAGUGGCACAACGCUGAACCAUGGUCCUUCUAUGGUCGUGCAACUCCGUCGAAAGUUUGUUCUAGGGCCCACCUCUUACGCUAGGUGGCGCGCACGUCGAUUGGGGUGCGGUGAUCGGAGGCGUUCCUACGGGCUGCUCAGGUAAACAUAUGCGAAAACCGGGAAACUAUGCGAAAUAAUUGUCGUGGUACCCAGUGCCGGAUUUUCAGUGGUGGGGGCUCCCUCGUGUAUUCUACGUCUAUCCAAUGUGUUAUUCGGGGUCGAUAUGCGUGGACGAGGACAGAUUUUUACCAAGUUUCAGUUUCAGGGAUGCGUUUCAGGCAUGCAAAAUAGAUUUCUCUUGGACAAGACCUUUACUGGUGGGGGCCCCGGGGCAAGUGCCCCGUCUGCCCUCCGCUAAAUCCGGCACUGGUGGUACCUGUGCCACGUUCGCGUACUUGAUUUCAUUGGGUGUUGAUUGAUGCGGUUUUCUUCAGACGCUUUCACACACAUAUCGGCGCAGUUCCAUUAGAAGUCGUCCCAGGACGGUCCCAAGGGUGUCAGUCGUGACGUUGGCCACCCCUGAGGCCGACAACGGCGAGCCCUUUCACCAUCACCAUCACCACCAUCAUCAUCAUCAUCAUCACCACCACCGUGUAAAUCAUGAAAAGC